AACAGCAAACCCUAGCCCUAUAAUUUUCGUUGAAAAUUUUCCCGGAAAAACGCAAUCAAACAAACCCAUCUGAGAAAAUGUUGGAACUCAGGCUUGUUCAGGGCAGUCUUCUCAAGAAAGUUAUGGAGGCCAUCAAGGAUUUGGUGAAUGACGCCAACUUCGACUGCUCGGCCACUGGGUUUUCUUUGCAGGCCAUGGACUCGAGCCAUGUGGCACUGGUGGCUCUGUUGCUCAGAUCGGAGGGAUUUGAGCACUACCGCUGUGACCGUAACAUUUCUAUGGGGAUGAAUUUGAGCAAUAUGUCGAAGAUGCUAAAGUGCGCUGGGAAUGAUGAUAUUAUUACCAUUAAGGGUGAUGAUGGGAGUGAUACUGUAACUUUCAUGUUUGAAAGCCCCACACAAGAUAAGAUUGCGGAUUUUGAGAUGAAGCUUAUGGAUAUCGACAGUGAGCACCUUGGAAUUCCAGAGGCAGAGUACCAUGCUAUUGUUCGGAUGCCUUCUUCUGAAUUUGCAAGAAUUUGUAAAGAUCUCAGCAGUAUUGGUGAUACAGUUGUGAUCUCUGUGACAAAGGAAGGAGUCAAGUUCUCAACAAGAGGUGAUAUUGGAACUGCAAAUGUUGUUUGCCGUCAAAAUACCACAGUUGACAAGCCGGAGGAAGCUACAGUUAUAGAGAUGAAUGAACCAGUGUCAUUGACAUUUGCACUGAGAUACAUGAACUCCUUCACCAAGGCAACUCCACUUUCAAACACCGUUACAAUCAGCUUGUCUUCUGACCUUCCUGUUGUGGUUGAGUACAAGAUUGCUGAAAUGGGUUAUAUCAGAUUCUAUUUGGCUCCCAAGAUUGAAGAGGAUGAUGAGGAGACAAAGCCUUAAGUUUAAAUUGUCAGCAUUUUUUUCUCAGCUGAUUGCUUUGUUUGUUCUUGUUCUCAACUUGUACCAACAUUGUUUUCUCAUACUUUGUUUAUUUGAGGAUUUCACGAAUGCAGGCAUGCAAUUACUAGUCUACAAGAACUAAAAAAUCCCAGUGUUUGAUUUUUUUUAAAACAUUUGACAAAGUUAACCAUACUGCAUUCCCCCGACUCCCUUACUGAUGUGUGUUAACCUGAUGCUUAGCUUCGUAGCUUUGGGGCAUCCACCAUGAGCUUAAUGCCAG